GAUUCUUUUAACAGCCAGAAAAUAUUUUUUUGGAAUUUAUUUGAAUCUCUGGAGCCAUUCAUAAAAUUGGUGGCUUCGGUAAUAAGAACCUAAAGAUUUUUAUUUAUUUAUUUUAUUUUUAUAUUAGUUCUCGUUAAUUGAUUAUCUAUCUUACUCAAAAAGUAUUGAACUUGAAGUUUCUUGUUGGGUCCUUUUAUUUGUGGAUGAAAUUAUCAUCCAUAUUCUGACCAGGAAAUAUUAUCAUGGUCUAAACAUGUUGAUGGUGUAUGCAUCAGUAGCUACUACAAAGUGCCUGACAAGCCCAGAUUGUAAUACCCUUCAUCACGAGGCAUUGCCACCAUCUAGGAAUACCCAUCUCAAUUCCUUGAUCAAUGUUUCAUCAACCCCAAAAGUACUUAGGACCUCAUGUAAUUGUACACAACCAUCUUCCUUAUUUUCAUGGAAAAACCGUUUUCAGCUGAACACCAAUCAUGUGGGUCAGCCUCACCAUGUAGCUACAAAGAAAUGGCUAUGCCGGUUGGAUAAUUCAAUUCCAUCUGAUGAAGAGUAUCGUUCUUCAAGGAACAUAGCAAUUAGUUUACUCAGGAGGUACAGGAAUGUGGUUGAUCGUGGAGGAGGUGACAACCUAAAAGAGUUUAUUAGUGCUGGGGUGAAUGCUUAUGCUUUAGGAUGCACUGAUGAAGGUUUAAGGAAAGAACUUGCUGAUAUGAAAGAAUCUGGUGUUGAAAUUGAUGCAAUGCAAACUUGUGGUGGAAACACCAGUUUGAAAUCCAAGAUUGCAUCAGAGGAGGUUGAAGAAUGCAUAUUAUGGCUGAGCAUUAUAUUCAUAACCAUAUUAUGUACACCACAACCCACUGUAGUUAGGUGGUCAUCUACUCCUCCAGUGUCAGACGAAAUAAGGCUUCAGUGGAAGGGCUUUUGUGCCCUCAUAGCAAAUGCAUACUAUGUCCGAGGAAUGGCAUGGCUUCCCGUGAAGACUCUUCAGCUGGAGCAAAUGGCAGUGGUGGGUCGAGCCGAGGAGCCCUCAGUGGUUGCUAGUCGAAUGCUACUAGUGUUUAGCACACUAGAGGUGGUGAGUCCACAGUGGCCUAGGGUAUAACCUCUUCUGCGUCCAUAAAGACUUUUUCCACUGCUGACACCAUCUCUGGGGUUUAGGAGUACACUACGGUAGCAAUUUCGAAACAGUAUCGUUUCAAAGUUUUUAUGCGAAAAUCAUGUAUUAAAAUAUGUAAAUUUAGACGUUUUCAUGUAAAUAAGGCUUUAAUGUAAAUGAUCACAACUGCUCACGAGGCAAUUUUAGUGAUAUAAAUACUGUAACACGUUCUCGUUUGGCA